AUGGGCAGGUUGCAAGCCUCUGGUCCCAUGAGUUUCUGGGAGAACUUUCGUUCUCCCGGAGUGGACAUGUGGAGCUUACUUUACCUGAAACAGUUCUACAAGCAGAACCAAUAUCCAACAUUGGAUCAAAAGAAAGAAAUUUCCAGAGCAACUGAUUUGGAGAUUGUUCAGAUUUCCAACUGGUUCAAAAAUCGUCGUCAACGGGAUAAAACGCGACUCGAAUGUGCGCACUAUGGUCGUCCAGAAAUGAUGCAGUUACAGACACUUGCCUAUUCAAAUUUACCGCUUAAUAUGAACAUCAGCAUGCCGUAUUCAUGUAAAGCAGAUUAA